UGUCUCCGCGGCGGUCAGCAGGUCCGUUGUCCUUCGAAGGAUCUUCAAAGACGAGGGGAAAGGACAGCCAUGGAGAGGAAGGACAGUAAUAACAAUGAUAAUAGAAAUAGAAAUAAUAAAACAAAAAGUGAAAAAAUGGGACGAGAAAAGUCCACUUAGGAAGUUGUUUCGAGUGCCUGUGUUUUGAGUUUCUUGUUAUUCAGUGAAAAAGAAUCGUUCGUGGAAAGUAUUGUUGGCAGAAAAUUAGUAAGGUAAAGAGAGAGAAAAACAGAAAAAGAAAAGAGAAAAGCCUGCAUAGGAUACUCUGUUCAAGAAGGAUGUAAAUGAUUUAAGAAGACAGGAAGAGGAAGAAGACGAGAAGGAGGAAGAGGAAGAAGAAAAGAGAGGUCGUGGCCACAGGUGCAUUUGCGUCUUUCUUCAUGCCAAGCUAAGAGGAGGAGGACCAUGGGGGCCCUUUCCUCCAAGAAGAAGGAGUCCUCCUUCGAGGGCGAGGAAGGAGGGCGAGGCCGUUGUCUACGAGGGCAUGCUGGUGUUCAACCGGGAGGUGGAGGAGGCGAGGCGGGAGAGGGAGAAGAGGGAGCUGGAGUGGCAGGCGGAGCUAGAGGAGUCCAUGAAGAAGUCCGACCCGACGGGCCAUGGAUGCGGCUUCACGGGCUCGACCACGGGGACUCCGGUGCGACACAAGAGCCAAGAGCAAGGACAAGAAGGCAAGAAAACGGGCGAAGGAAACACGCCUCCCUCGCCGACCGUGUCCUCGCCGACGGAGAGGACGCAACUGCCCAAGAUCGCCGUCUCCUCGCCGCGUCCAACGUCGGGCGAGGAUUGCCGGGUCGCCCAAGGUGAAGGUUCGGGGCUCGACUGUCACCAUCGAGUCUCCCAGAUCCUCGUCGAGCCUCACCAAGAGCAGCACACAACAACUAAAGGAGCGGCUGAAGGAGCUGAAGGCGGACCAGCGGCGCCACGGCGGUUCGGGCUCCGACUCCGAUUUCUCCGACCUGACGCAGAGCGACGACCUGACUAUAACCGGCAGGAGAUCGCCGGGGAAGUCCGCGGGCAAGGCGCUCAGAGCCUCCAAGCGCGACUCUGAAAGCAGAUCGCCGAGCAAGUCUCCGAGUCGCACGCCGAUUCUGUCCCGCAAGAAGGCGGAGAGAGACAGCUCAAAGGGUCAGGAGGAGGAUGGAGGAUCUAAGAACCUCCUUGGCUGCGAAGGAGGCGUGAAGGAAGG